ACCAAUGAGUUGUUGGUUAGCAGUCAUAACAUCAAAAUCGGUAGGCCUCCGUUUCUGUUUCACAUUGUGCUGCUUGGUGUGCUGUUCGGUUUCUUAAACAGUGAACCUUUGUGGAAGGAGGAUUUCACAGUAUGGCGUUAAACCUCACCAUCAACACAAGCAAUCCGCCUCUAGGAGCGCUGCUGACAGCAGAGCACGUGAAGGGCAGUGUGCAGGUAUCCGUAGAGGAAGGCAAAGACACCCAGCUUCACGUCUCAGAUGCGAUCCAGUUCAAUGAUGCCAACUCUAUCAGUCGGUACUUGGCCCGGGUGGCUCCAGCUCUUGGCCUCUACGGAGCCAACAUCAUGGAGCAGACUGAGGUCGACCACUGGUUGGAGUUCAGUGCUCGGCGUCUGUGUGGUCCGACUGAUUUGAGCGAAGCACUGGGUGGAUUGGAUGAGGCCCUUUCCUUGCGGACCUUCCUGGUUGGACAUACCCUCACCCUGGCUGACCUGUCCGUCUGGGCUGCUCUCAAAGGUCAUGGGGAAUGGCCGAGCCAGGGCAAGUCCUUCACCCACGUCAACCGCUGGUUCUCUUUCCUGAGCUCGCAGGUUCCCUUCACUGCUGUGGGAAACAAGUAUGCCAGUAAGAAAGCUCCAUUGAGCAAAUCCAAUUCGGAUGACAAGAAGCAAGAUGUUGGCAAGUUUGUGGAUUUGCCCGGAGCUGAGAUGGGCAAGGUGGUGGUUCGCUUCCCUCCUGAGGCCAGCGGAUACCUGCACAUCGGCCAUGCCAAGGCUGCUCUGCUCAACCAGCACUACCAGGUCACAUUCAAAGGCAAACUCAUCAUGCGCUUCGACGACACCAACCCUGAGAAGGAAAAGGAGGACUUUGAGAAGGUGAUCCUGGAAGAUGUCGCCAUGCUCCAGAUCCAUCCAGACCAGUUCACCUACACCAGCGACCAUUUUACCACCAUAAUGGGAUUUGGGGAAAAGCUGCUCGCUGAGGGCAAAGCCUACAUCGACAACACGCCUCCUGAGCAGAUGAAGCUGGAGAGGGAGCAGCGCACAGAGUCCAAAUGCAGAAAUAACACGGUGGAGCAGAACAUGAAGAUGUGGUCGGAGAUGAAAGCUGGGACAAAGAGCGGUCAGACCUGCUGCAUGAGGGCCAAGAUCGACAUGAACUCCAACAAUGGCUGCUUGAGAGACCCCACCCUCUACCGCUGCAAGAACACUCCCCACCCUCGCACCGGAAAGACCUACAACGUCUACCCAACAUAUGACUUUGCCUGUCCCAUCGCGGACAGCUUGGAGGGCGUGACCCAUGCCCUCAGGACCACUGAGUACCACGAUCGUGACGAGCAGUUCUACUGGAUAAUCGACUCACUGGGCCUCAGGAAGCCCCACGUCUGGGAGUACGCCCGACUCAACCUCAACAACACGGUGCUGUCCAAGAGGAAGCUCACCUGGUUUGUCGACCAGGGAUACGUCGAUGGAUGGGAUGACCCUCGCUUCCCCACUGUCAGAGGAGUCCUGAGGAGAGGAAUGACCGUUGAGGGUCUGAAACAGUUCAUAGCAGCCCAGGGUGGAUCUCGGUCAGUGGUGAACAUGGAGUGGGACAAGAUCUGGGCCUUCAAUAAGAAGCUGCCAAUUAGCUGUCUGAAGGUUAUUGACCCGGUAGCUCCCAGGUACACGGCUCUGUCCAGCUCCUACGUGGUUCCUGUCUCCGUCUCAGAGGCUACAGAGGAGAUGAAGGAGGUGGCCAAACACCCUAAGAACGCAGAGGUGGGCAUGAAGAAGGUUUGGUACGGACCUCGAGUUCUGGUUGAAGGAGCCGAUGCUGAGACCUUCUCAGAGGGAGAGAUGGUCACCUUCAUCAACUGGGGCAACCUCAUCAUCACCAAGAUCAACAAGGGGGCCGACGCUAAGGUCGUGUCCAUGGAGGCUCGCCUGGCCCUGGAGAACAAGGACUUCAAGAAGACGACGAAGAUCACGUGGCUGGCCGACACAAACAGUGCCCCCCUGCUGCCCACCGUCUGCAUAAACUACCUGCCUCUCAUCUCCAAGGCCGUCAUCACCAAAGAUGACGACUUCAAGGAGUACAUCAAUAAAAACUCCAAGCUGGAGGAGAAGAUGCUCGGCGAUCCGUGUCUGCAGAGCCUGAAGAAAGGUGAUGUCAUCCAGCUCCAGAGGCGGGGCUUCUACAUCUGUGACCAGCCGUAUGAGCCCGUCAGUCCCAACAGCUGUAAGGAGAGUCCCUGUGUGCUGCUCUACAUUCCUGAUGGACACACCAAGGAGAUGCCGACCGCUGGAUCCAAGGACAAGAGCAAGAGCCAGGCCUCCAGCAAAGCACCUGCCCCCACCCCAGCCAAAGCUGCCUCCACCCCAGCCAAAGCUGCCUCACCCCCUGCCCCAGCGCCUGCCGCAACCUCAGCCAGUGACUUGUUCUCGAGCAUCGUAGCACAAGGUGAAGCUGUCCGUCAACUAAAGGUUGCCAAGGCUCCUAAAGACGAAGUGGACAAGGCAGUUCAGCAGCUGCUCUCCCUAAAGGCACAGUUUAAGCAGCAGACCGGUCUGGACUACAAGCCGGGCAUGGCCCCUACCACCUCUGAUCCAGCCCCGCCCACCACAUCAACAGACUCCACCUCUUGUCCGUUCACCCAAGUUACCCAGCAGGGCGAGCUGGUCAGGAAACUGAAGGCAGAGAAGGCACCCAAGGACCAGGUUGACGUAGCAGUGAAGCAGCUCCUCGCUCUCAAGGCGGAGUUUAAAAAGCUGACUGGUCAGGAUUACAAGCCUGGGAUGGCCCCUUCCGCUCCUGCCUCCUCCUCUUCCUGCUCUUCUUCGGGCCUGUAUGAGCGUGUUUCACAACAGGGGGAGAAUGUGAGGAAACUGAAGUCUGAAAAAGCCCCCAAGGACCAGGUUGACGCAGCAGUGAAACAGCUGCUUGCCCUGAAGGCCGAAUACAAACAGGUCACAGGUCAGGACUACAAGCCUGGAGCGGCCCCAGUCCAGAAAGCCCCCACCCCGGUCCAGAAAGCCCCCGCCCCAGUCCAGAACAGCCCUAGCUCUGCCCCUGCUGCCACCGGCCUGUAUGAGAAGGUCUCUGAGCAGGGAGAAGUGGUCAGGAAACUGAAGGUUGAAAAGGCAUCCAAGGAUCAGGUAGACGCUGCAGUGAAGCAGCUGUUGGCUCUGAAGGCAGAGUAUAAACAGCAGACCGGACAGGAUUACAAACCCGGAUUGCAAGCCCCAGGUAGCCAGGCCCAGACCCAGUCCAGCUCUUCCUCGACCAAGUCCAGCUCUCCCACGCAGGGCGAUGAACUCUUCUCCCAGGUGACCCAACAGGGAGAGCUAGUGAGAAAGUUGAAAUCCGAGAAGGCCCCCAAGGACAAGGUGGAUGAAGCCGUGAAGACUCUCCUGGACCUGAAGAGCAAGUACAAGACGCUUACUGGACAGGACUACAAACCAGUGGCCGCUGCUGGAGCCACUGGAGGAGAGGACAAAAACCGCAAGGAGAGGGAGAACAAGUCUGAGAAACAGGGAGGAGGAGGACCAGGAGGAGGGAAGAAGGGUAAAGGAGACAAAACCAACCAGGGCAAGGAGGCUUCAGGAGGAGCAGGAGGCUCAGGAGAGGGUCAAGGACCUAAGAAACAAACACGGUUGGGCUUGGAGGCCAAGAAAGAGGAGAACCUGUCUGACUGGUACUCUCAGGUCAUCACCAAAGCGGAGAUGAUUGAGUACUACGACGUCAGCGGCUGCUAUGUGCUGCGGCCCUGGUCCUUCUCCAUUUGGGAGGUCAUCCAAGAGUUCUUUAACCGGGAGAUUAAGAAAUUGGGCGUUGAAAACUGCUACUUCCCCAUGUUCGUCUCGCAGGCUGCCCUGGAGAAGGAAAAAACCCACAUAGAAGAUUUUGCUCCAGAGGUUGCCUGGGUAACCCGGUCAGGAAAGACCGAGCUGGCAGAGCCCAUUGCUGUCAGACCCACCAGUGAGACAGCCAUGUACCCUGCCUACGCUAAAUGGGUCCAGUCCCACAGAGACCUGCCAAUCAAACUCAACCAGUGGUGUAACGUCGUGAGAUGGGAGUUCAAACACCCCCAGCCCUUCCUGAGGACGAGAGAGUUCCUGUGGCAGGAGGGACAUUCAGCCUUUGCCACCAAAGAGGAGGCAGCUGAGGAGGUGCUUCAGAUCCUGGACCUGUACGCCAGGGUGUACGAGGAGCUGAUGGCGAUCCCCGUGGUGAAGGGGAGGAAGACGGAGAAGGAGAAGUUUGCCGGAGGAGAUUACACCACCACGGUGGAGGCAUUCAUCUCUGCCAGCGGCCGAGCCAUUCAGGGUGCUACGUCUCACCACCUCGGUCAGAACUUCGCCAAGAUGUUCGAUAUCAUGUUUGAGGAUCCGAAGAAGCCGGGCGAGAAACAGCUGGUUUUCCAGAACUCCUGGGGAAUCACAACCAGGACCAUUGGUGUCCUCACCAUGGUCCACGGAGACAACAUGGGACUCGUACUGCCACCCAGGGUGGCCUGCGUGCAGGUUGUCGUCAUCCCAUGUGGGAUCACUGCCUCCCUGCCGGAGCAGGAGAAGGAGGCAGUGUUGACCCAGUGCUCUAAGUACACGACCAGGCUGCAGCAUGCUGGCGUCAGGGUGAAGAAUGACCUCCGAGACAAUUACUCCCCGGGAUGGAAGUUCAACCACUGGGAACUCAAGGGAGUUCCUAUCCGUCUGGAAGUGGGUCCUAAAGAUAUGCAGCAGGGUCAGUGCGUCGCAGUGAGGAGAGACUCGGGCGCAAAGGGGACAAUUCCAGAGGCCGAGGUGGAGAAGAUUCUGGUCGCCAUGUUGGAGGACAUCCAGAACAACCUGUUCAACAAAGCUUCAGACGACCUGAAGAGUAACAUGGUGCCCGCAGACACGAUGGAGCAGUUCCAGAAAGAGUUGGAACAGGGCAAGAUUGUCCAGAUCCCGUUCUGUGGAGGGAUCGAGUGCGAAGAUUGGAUCAAGAAAACCACUGCCAAGGAUCAGGACCUGGAGCCUGGAGCUCCUUCCAUGGGAGCCAAGAGCCUCUGCAUCCCCUUCUCACCCCUGAAGACACUGCAGCCCGGUCAGAUGUGCGUCUGCGGCAAGGAGCCUGCCCAGUACUACACCCUGUUCGGACGCAGCUACUGAACACCUGCUCUGCCGGAGCACGGGGAUGAAUAUCUUAGUCGAAAAGGGCUUUCCUACCUUCUCUCAUCUAUUUCUUUUUCUCUGAUCUCUUGUGAGCGGAUAGGGUGACAGGUGCAUGAGGUGACUGGACUGUGGAAUUAGAAUGGGAAGAUGUUUUGUUUGUUUUGUUUAAACUUACGUUAACGUAGUUAUCUAGAAGAAAGUGGAGGUGAAAGAAACUGUUUAACUCUUUGAAUUCCGUUAUGAGAGGAAAUGGUUGUGUGGCUCUGCUUCUCUCCCACAUGGCUCAUUACUUUUUAAAGGUUUUCCUAAAAGAACAUUAAAUGUCCUGCAGUGGUUGGUUUUAGCAUCGCAAGUAAAACCAGAAACUAAGGAAAUAUUACAUCUUUACUAUCCUUUCAGAAUUGAUAUUUUUUUAUAAGUUCCUACUCAGCACUGUCAAAAAAAGGUUUGAUUCAAUUUUUGUUGGUAAAAGUUUCUGUCAACAAGUACUAAUUCAGUGGGUCUGCAGCUUUUUGAAAUCUGGAAAAGUUCUCAAAACAAACAAACAUACAUUGCCGUCUGGGGAAAAGUACUCGACGUCUGCCCACAGUCUCGUCUCUCGCAGCCAAACUGUCUCAGGAACUCAGGCUUGCAGAUGUGGUAAUAUUCUGACAGCUUUAUCAGCACUGCUCUCUGUAUGACUGGUUACAGUUUGCGGCUCAAGCUUAAUAUUAAUUCCUCAGAUCCACCUAAAACCAACUGACAUGAAGCUGUGAGCAUCUGAAUAUGGUAAAUAUUAAUGUAGUCACCUGCCGAUACGCUCCUAUUAAUUAACUCUACAACUUGUCCGUUAUAAAAUUAUUACCAUGGAAAACUGCUCUGUUUUUUUAUCCAUAAUAAAGAUUGAUGGAGAUGUUAAACCAGGGGAUCCC